CCCGCUCCCGCACAGUCCCGCUCAUCUGGGUCACCCCCCACGUGACUAGGUCGGCCCCACGUGACUGGGCCGAGAUUUAGAACGCGGUAGGGGAGGGAGGGGGCCGCAGAUGCCGGGGGCCGUGGGAGCCGGCACCCCACGAGCGGGGGCAGCGCCCCAAAGCCGCCCCGGUGCGCCCGCCCCCGCCCCGCCCCCGCCCCGGCCUUUCGCUCCUUAUUUAGCAGCCGCGGCUCCGCGCCCGCAGCCUCCCGCCUCUCCGCCGCCCCCGCGCCCCGCCUACUGCCGGGCAUCCCCGCCCUGCCCGCCGCACCCUCGCCGCCCGGUCUCCGCUCGGCGCCCCAUCCCCUCGGGACUCCAGACCACCCCAACCGCGGGGACCCCGUCACAGCCCCGGCCACCCAGAGCCCCCCCAAUUCCCGGCGGCCCCCGGCCCUCAGGACCCCGCGGUGACCCCCCCAGCGCCCCCCGGCCCUCAGGACCCCGCGGUGACCCCCCCAGACCCCCCGGCCCUUAGGACCCCGCGGUGACCCCUCAGCGCCCUCCGGCCCUCAUGACCCCGCGGUGGCCUCUCAGCGCCCCCCGGCCCUCAGGACCCCGCGGUGACCCCUCAGCGCCCCCCGGCCCUCAGGACCCCGCGGUGACCCCUCAGCGGCCCCCGGCCCUCAGGACCCCGCGGUGACCCCUCAGCGCCCCCCGGCCCUCAGGACCCCGCGGUGACCCCUCAGCGGCCCCCGGCCCUCAGGACCCCGCGGUGACCCCUCAGCGGCCCCCGGCCCUCAGGACCCCGCGGUGACCCCUCAGCGGCCCCCGGCCCUCAGGACCCCGCGGUGACC